UGCCAUCUCUCAUCUUCGCCAUCUUUACUGUAUUUCCCACGCCACGCUCCUGACUUUCUUGAACAAGUCUCCGUCCAUGCCUGCCUGUCACUUCUCCUUCUUAAUACCUUUCCUUUCCACAAAUAAUUCUCCAAAAUUCUCCCCUCGUCUAAUCCACUAAAAUAUUCAAAGUACAGGGCCAGGGAAAAAUGUUUGGAUUGACAUCCGUUUUAGUGGUGGCCUUCUCCACCGGAGUUUUCACGUUUCUUUUGAUACUUCUCAUCUGGCGCUGGUUUUGUUUCAAGAGACGUAGAGAUUUGAUUCAGACGAUCACCGCAAGACCUCCGAGCUUUCGAACAAAUGGGAUUACAAGAGUUCACCAAGCUGCGAGUGUUCAUCAUCAACCUGACUAUUCAGACGGGAAAAGAAGAGGGAAUCAGCAUGUUUUUCCUCGUGGGGUUUCGGGGAAACCUUUGUUCAGUUGGGCUGAUCAUCCAUCGCUAAUCAACGAUGCCGUGGAGAAUGGAUGGUCCCAAUUUGCUUUCACGGCCAACACGGCAGCGCCAGCAAGAUCAACGAUGUUGGGUUUAUCAUGCGCUGCUGGCGAUCAUGGAAAAGAGACAGAGGCUGAGAUAAUCUGGGAAGUUUUUCAGGGAUCAGUAGAAUUCAUGCAGAAGAUGAGGUUUAAUUCUGGUUUGAAAAGGGUGAGUACAAGCCAACCUUCUACAUAUGCUGCCUCUGUUAUCAGGACAUCUUUGCCUUUGCCAGGCCCUUCCUUGGGAAAUAACUCUGCUUUCCCUCAAGAAGCCUAUUUCGAAAUCACAAUACUGAAUUCUCAUAGCGUUGAUGAUGGAUCGGUUGGCAAGGUUAAGGAAGGUGAGAAGACUAAACUCAUACAAGAUAAUUCAAACGCAAAAGUCACUUCGGAAUCUUUAAUCCAUGUUGCCAGCAGUCAUAAAAUUAACAUGGUUGAAGAAUUGAAUAUGGACAUGGAAGAAAGUAGCAAAGAUGAAGCAGUGAAGCUGUCAUUGGGGCUCACGACAGGGGGCUCUCCUCCCUCAAAAUUUCCCGGCAGCUAUCCAGGAAGCAUCGGAUUCAAUUCGAAUGGUUCUGUCCAUCUUGACGGGAUAAAACUUGUGUUUGAAUCCGAAGAAGCAGAAUGGGGAAGAACAGAUAAGGUGAUUGGUUGUGGGUUUGAUCCGAGGCAGAAGAAGGUGUUUUUCACAGUAGAUUCACAGCUGCUACAUAUAGUCCAUUGCAAGUCUGAGGAAUUUGGGACUCCAUUAUACCCAGUUCUAGCAGCAAACACAGACAUUUCGGUUGUGGUUAAUAUGGGACAAAGUCUCUUCAGAUACGGGCCGGCAAAUGCACAGCGGACACCAAAUCCUUGCUUCACUCGCCCUCCUCUGAACUCCCCUGCCGCUGCUAUUGGCUAUGAAGACAGCAGUGAUCUCUUCUCAAUGACAUUCGACUCCCAGAAUCUUCAUGCAUAUGCAAUCAAAGGCAGCCAGAACGGCACUAAUAAACAGCCAAGAGGUUCCGACCGCCAUGAACCUGAGGUGGAACUAUUUGAAAUUGUCCUGGAAGAUGGCCGAAGAUCCUAAAACGCUUUGUUGUAAGGUGUAACAACAAGAUAUACUCAACAACAACAAGAUUUACUUUGAAUUGGUCGUGUUUGUCACAUGGGUUUGUGGUUCCACAUUCAAAAUUGAACCAAAUGCUCAGAAAAAAAAAAAAUUAACUUAAUUUUUAGUUGACAUUAUUGAUCUGUUGCAUCAUCAAAUGAAGAUCUUUUGCGACCUCAUGGCUUGCCCAUCUCCGACAGCUGCAGCUAAGACAGCUUCGUAUAGACUGCGGACAAAUUUGUUUUGUUAUUUUUGGUAUUCAACUCGUUGUUUCAUAUAUUUUGUCCCCAAAAGAACAUUUGUUUCCUUGUGAAUAUCAAGACACUCUUGUUUGUUUAAGUUGUAAUUUUUGCUCUAUCACCAAUAAUGUAAUUUUGUAAUCAAAGAGAAUGUGAUGGAAUUAACAAGUCGUUGUAAAAGUA